UCUGCAGAUGGACUACAGCACAGAGUUCUGGCUCCAUCCAUGAGGCAUGUAGUUCUCCAGUAUCAGCUGCUGGAACCAAUUUUACAUCAUUUUCCAGCUUUUUCGUUUUCUUCCUUUGAUUUAGACAAAAGAAUAAUAAGAAAAGCCUACCCUGGAUUCCUGUCUUCCCUCCCUCCUCCUAUCAUGGCCUGGUUUUCUCAGUGCAGCGGAGACACAAGGUGUGCUUGCCCCUGACUGGGUCACAACAGCAGUUCGCAACUGAAACUGGAAACAACAACGUCCAUGGAUUGGCCCCCUCACUCAGCUCGGACUCGCAGUGGUGCCUGUGACUGUUAGAUGUGGCUGCAUUCAUGAAUGAAAUCCCCAGUGAACGUUGUGUGAUGAUGCCGUCUACAACAAGAUCCUAAACAGGCCCAUCAUCUAUCUGGCACACCCUCUGAUACCAAGCCUGCAGACUGUGGCGGCUAGUUUUGGAAUACAAAAUACACACACUCACACCGAUACCUACGCUCCUAGGCCAGAAAAAACAACAGGUAAUCGACAUGGGAGAUCUGAACAGCUCAGUGGAUUUUUACCCAAAGAACCAGCGGAGAGAACAGAACCAUGCCGGAGGUUUUGGCUGCACUUUGCAGGAGCUGCGCUCCCUUAUGGAGUUGCGAGGAGCCGAGGCCAUUCAAAAAAUACAAGAUAGUUACAGUGAUGUCCAUGGCCUGUGUAGGAGACUGAAGACGUCCCCCACUGAAGGUUUGUCUGAAAAUGUAGCAGACUUUGAGAAGAGAAAACAGAUAUAUGGUGUGAACUUCAUACCUCCCAAAAAACCCAAAACCUUCCUACAAUUAGUCUGGGAAGCCCUCCAGGACGUGACUCUCAUCAUCCUAGAAAUUGCUGCCAUUGUCUCCCUGGGCCUUUCAUUCUAUGCACCACCAGGAGAACAGAGUGAGAACUGUGGAAAUGUGCAAGCCGGGGGCCAUGAUGAAGACGAGUCAGAAGCCGGGUGGAUAGAGGGAGCUGCCAUAUUGUUAUCUGUCAUAUGCGUGGUGUGGGUGACGGCCUUCAAUGACUGGAGUAAGGAGAAGCAGUUCCGGGGGCUGCAGAGUCGCAUAGAACAAGAGCAAAGAUUCUCCGUCAUCAGAAAUGCACAAGUUAUUCAGAUUCCUGUGGCUGAUCUCAUUGUGGGAGACAUCGCCCAAAUUAAAUACGGCGACCUGCUGCCCGCAGAUGGAGUUCUGAUCCAGGGAAAUGAUCUUAAAAUUGACGAAAGCUCAUUGACGGGAGAAUCGGACCAUGUGCGCAAGUCUGUAGAGAAAGACCCAAUGCUGCUUUCUGGUACCCAUGUCAUGGAGGGGUCUGGCAGGAUGGUGGUGACAGCUGUUGGUGUGAACUCUCAGACCGGUAUCAUUUUCACCUUGCUUGGAGCCGGUGGAGAAGAGGAAGAGAAGAAAGACAAGAAAGGAAAGCAGCAGGAUGGGGCAGUGGAGAAUAUUCAAAAUAAAGCUAAAAAGCAGGAUGGUGCUGUUGCCAUGGAGAUGCAGCCACUGAAAAGUGCUGAAGGUGGAGAAAUGGAGGAAAGAGAAAAGAAAAAAUCCAGUGUUCCCAAAAAGGAGAAGUCUGUUCUGCAGGGGAAACUCACCAAGUUGGCAGUGCAAAUAGGAAAAGCAGGUCUGGUGAUGUCGGCGAUUACAGUUAUCAUCUUGGUGCUCUUCUUUGUGAUUCAAACCUUUGUGGUGGAGGGCAAAGUGUGGCUGUCGGAGUGUACCCCUGUCUACGUGCAGUACUUUGUCAAAUUCUUCAUCAUUGGAGUUACUGUCCUAGUGGUGGCUGUGCCAGAAGGCCUGCCCCUAGCCGUUACCAUCUCUCUAGCCUAUUCCGUCAAGAAAAUGAUGAAGGACAACAACCUGGUGCGCCACUUGGAUGCCUGUGAGACAAUGGGCAAUGCCACUGCCAUCUGUUCUGAUAAAACGGGAACCCUGACGACCAACCGUAUGACAGUGGUGCAGUCUUACCUUGGAGACGUCCAUUAUAAAGAAAGGCCAGAUCCCAGCAGCCUCAAUUCCAAAACCUUAGACCUGCUCGUCAAUGCCAUUGCCAUUAAUUGUGCCUACACCACCAAGAUACUACCUCCAGAUAAAGAAGGAGCGCUUCCCCAGCAAGUAGGCAAUAAAACUGAGUGCGCCCUGCUUGGGUUUGUUCUGGAUUUGCAACGGGACUACCAGCUGGUGCGAGACCAGAUUCCUGAGGAGACGCUCUACAAAGUGUACACCUUCAACUCUGUUCGUAAGUCUAUGAGCACCGUCGUGUGCCUACCUAAUGGAGGAUUCAGACUGUACAGCAAGGGAGCUUCAGAGAUCGUCCUGAAGAAGUGUUCGAACAUCCUAAACGGUGUUGGUGAACUCCGAACAUUUCGGCCUCGUGACCGCGAUGAAAUGGUAAAGAAGGUCAUUGAGCCCAUGGCCUGUGACGGACUGCGGACCAUAUGUAUCGCCUACCGAGAUUUUCAAGCAGUGCCGGAACCAGAGUGGGAAAAUGAGAAUGAGAUAGUGGGAGACCUGACAUGUAUCGCUGUGGUAGGAAUAGAAGAUCCAGUGAGGCCUGAGGUCCCUGAAGCCAUUCGUAAAUGUCAACGUGCCGGGAUCACCGUUCGUAUGGUCACUGGGGAUAACAUCAACACGGCGCGCGCCAUUGCGGCAAAGUGUGGCAUCAUACAACCCGGGGAGGACUUCCUGUGCCUGGAAGGGAAAGAGUUCAACAGACGUAUCAGGAACGAGAAGGGAGAGAUAGAACAAGAACGCCUGGAUAAACUCUGGCCAAAGUUACGUGUCCUUGCGCGGUCUUCACCGACUGAUAAACACACCCUGGUAAAAGGCAUCAUUGACAGCUUAAUUGGAGAACAACGUCAAGUGGUGGCAGUGACAGGAGAUGGCACCAACGAUGGCCCCGCUCUGAAAAAGGCAGAUGUUGGCUUUGCAAUGGGACUGGCUGGCACCGAUGUGGCCAAGGAAGCCUCAGAUAUCAUCUUAACAGACGACAACUUCUCCAGCAUAGUCAAAGCCGUUAUGUGGGGCCGCAACGUCUACGACAGCAUUUCCAAAUUUCUUCAGUUCCAGCUGACGGUCAAUGUGGUAGCGGUAAUUGUGGCAUUUACUGGGGCCUGUAUCACUCAGGACUCGCCAUUAAAAGCAGUACAGAUGCUCUGGGUCAACCUUAUUAUGGACACCUUUGCUUCACUGGCUCUAGCAACAGAACCCCCUACAGAAGCGCUGCUCCUACGCAAACCGUAUGGCAGAAACAAGCCCCUUAUAUCUCGCACCAUGAUGAAAAACAUCCUUGGCCAUGCAGUCUACCAGCUCGUAAUCAUCUUUACUUUGUUAUUCGUUGGUGAAAUCUUUUUUGACAUCGACAGCGGCCGAAACGCCCCCCUGCACUCGCCACCUUCUGAACAUUACACCAUCAUUUUUAACACUUUUGUCCUGAUGCAGUUGUUUAAUGAGAUUAACGCCCGUAAAAUCCAUGGAGAGAGAAAUGUUUUUGACGGUAUUUUUGGAAAUCCUAUAUUCUGUAGCAUAGUGCUGGGCACAUUCGGAGUCCAGAUUUUGAUUGUCCAGUUCGGAGGGAAGCCCUUCAGCUGUUCACCUUUAAACACUCAGCAGUGGCUCUGGUGCCUCUUUGUGGGAGUGGGAGAACUUGUAUGGGGGCAGCUCAUUGCCACCAUUCCCACCAGCCACUUGAAGUGUUUGAAGGAAGCAGGGCAUGGGCCUGGUAAAGACGAAAUGACAGAUGAGGACAUGGCUGAGGAUGAAGAAGAAAUUGACCAUGCGGAACGAGAGCUUAGAAGAGGUCAGAUCCUCUGGUUCCGUGGACUGAACCGUAUCCAAACACAGAUGGAGGUAGUGAGUACCUUCAAGAGAAGCGGUUCAUUUCAGGGUGCUGUGCGUCGGCGUUCCUCGGUCCUCAGCCAGCUCCAUGAUGUAACAAACAUUUCUACUCCCACUCACAUCCGGGUAGUGAAAGCAUUCCGUAGUUCCCUCUACGAAGGCCUAGAGAAACCUGAAUCCAAGACCUCCAUUCACAAUUUCAUGACUACCCCUGAAUUUCUUAUCAACGAUUACAUCCAUAACAUCCCCCUUAUUGAUGAUACCGAUGUGGAAGAUAGUGAAGAGCCUCCGGGCAGGGUGCUGUGGUCCAUUCCACCCCCAUCUCCCAACAAGAACAACAAUGCCAUUGAUAGUGGUAUCUAUCUGACCACAGACACUAGCAAGUCGGCUGCCUCUUCCAAUCCCGAAAGUCCUUUGCACAGUGUGGAGACUUCUCUCUAACAGAAUACCAAACUAGUCUUCAGAAAACCAUGCCAAUGACAAGAUAAUAGAACUUUUUGCCUCUGCUGGUGUACUGGCAAAGUCAACAAUUACAGCUGAAACAGCUUAAAUCUACAAUAUAUCACAACAAUAUCAAGGUUAUUGAAGAGCAAAUUGUAUUACUAGCCCUUGAAAGUGUUUUUAUUCUUACAUGCAAGUAAGAAAGAAGUAAAAUAGUCACCAGGGGCAUUCAGAAGAACCCAAGGGAAACGGCAGCCAGAAUCAACAUCUCCAGUCCUGAAAAAAAAAAACCUUUGAAGAAAAUGAUGUCAUCACACAGUUGGUUUUUUUCACCAUAUUAAGUUAAUGUCUUGCCCUUUCUGUUACAAAUGGCCAUGAAUAAUAAAGGAAAUCUAUGCCGGCCCAUUAAGUGAUGUGUAAAUACAUAGUGUGGCAAGGCUCCACAGUUCAAGCUUGAUCAUUCAACCAUUUUUUUAAUGUCAUG